AGUAAAAAUUCACAACUUCAACAAGAGAGUCUUCUAACCAUUGUUAUCAAGAUAUUAAGUCCAGCAUAAAUCCAUAUUUCCCCUAUCAAGCGGAGAACAUGUCUCCAAAUGAAGAUUCAGCCCAAGUAAAGGCAAGGCAUAAUGUCCUUUGCUUACAUGGAAUCGGGACUAAUGCUGAUAUAUUUGAGGCUCAAACCGCCACCCUCCGCCACCAACUAAAUUCAGUAGCAUCCUACGAAUACGAUUUUGUUGACGGCAAUCACCCAUGGCCCCCUCAUCCGACGGUCACCAACAUCUUUGGGAUGCAACAGGAGUAUCUUUCGUAUUUUGACGGAUCGGCGGCGAGUGCUCUCACCGCCAUUGAUAAUCUCGCCACUCAUAUACUAGAGAAUGGUCCCUAUGAUGCUAUCAUGGGCUUCUCCAUGGGUGGCGCAAUGGCAGCAACGCUAUUGCUCCAACCUCAAAAUCCUGAAGCUGAUAACCCAAGUUGGCUUGCUGCCCGCAAAUUGAUACGGGGUGCGGUAUUUAUCUGCAGCACACUUCCUGUAGACACCAUGGAGCUGCGGCACGGUAGAAUGGGCUGGGUCAAGGCGGAGGAUGUAGGGCCAGCCGGAAAGCUUCAUCCAAUUGGUGUCCCUACUGUACACGCCUGGAGCCCUAGAGACUUAUGUAAUUGUGCCGAAAGCAGGUUAUUGGUCUCUAUGUGUAUCGAGACACAACGUACUGAGGUCCUGCAUGAUGCCGGCCAUGGGAUCCCUUCCGGUAUAAGUGAGGUUACUUCGAUGUCUGAUGUGAUCCAAGGGAUGAUGAAUAAAAUUGAACAGUAACUGCAUGUAUUCUUACACUUUUGUUGCCUGUUCUACGCUAGGUACACAAGAUACUUGGUAGCGUACCCAAUACAAGAGAGCCC